AUGGGUGUGAACUCCAACAGAGUAGAGCACUUUGAUCACCAUGAAACAACCACCAUAAAAAUCCAAGAAGAGAUACCAAUGCCACCAUUGGAAAUCCACACAGUGCGGUUGCCACCACAUAGAACCACACUCCAGAAACUAAGACAAAGACUCUCCGAAAUCUUCUUCCCUGAUGACCCUCUCCACCGUUUCAAGAACCAAACUUGGUUCAUGAAAUUGCUUAUUGGCCUUCAAUACUUCUUCCCAAUUUUCCAGUGGGGUCCUGAAUACAACCUUACCCUUCUCCGCUCUGACAUCAUCUCUGGCCUCACCAUUGCUAGCCUUGCCAUUCCUCAGGGAAUCAGUUAUGCGAAGCUUGCAAAUUUGCCACCUAUUGUUGGAUUAUAUUCUAGUUUUGUGCCCCCAAUGAUAUACUCACUGCUUGGGAGUUCUAGACAUCUUGGUGUUGGACCUGUUUCAAUUGCUUCUUUGGUUAUGGGAUCAAUGUUGAGUGAGGCAGUUUCUUACACUCGAGAUCCAAUUCUCUAUCUGCAAUUGGCUUUCACUGCCACUUUCUUUGCUGGUUUAUUCCAAGCCUCUUUGGGUAUAUUCAGGUUAGGCUUUUUAAUUGAUUUUCUCUCGAAGGCGACACUAGUGGGUUUCAUGGCAGGUGCUGCGAUCAUUGUGUCAUUGCAGCAACUGAAAGGGUUACUUGGAAUAGUGCACUUUACUAGCAAGAUGCAAAUAGUUCCUGUAUUGAUCUCUGUUUUCAAGCAAAGAGACGAGUGGUCAUGGCAAACCAUUCUUCUGGGAUUCGGCUUCCUGGUCCUCCUGCUGACAACAAGGCACAUUAGCUUGAAGAAACCAAAACUAUUCUGGGUUUCAGCAGCUGCCCCAUUGACAUCAGUUAUUUUAUCAACCCUUUUAGUCUUCCUUCUGAAAAAUAAGACUCAUAAAAUUGCAGUUAUCGGGUACUUACCAAAGGGCCUUAAUCCACCAUCAUCAAACAUGUUAUACUUCAAUGGUCCUAACUUAGCUGUUGCCAUCAAAACCGGCAUUGUCACAGGGAUCUUAUCUCUCACUGAAGGAAUUGCAGUAGGUAGAACAUUUGCAGCACUAAAGAACUACCAGGUGGAUGGAAAUAAAGAAAUGAUGGCUAUUGGUCUUAUGAACAUGGCUGGCUCGUGCUCUUCAUGCUAUGUCACAACAGGAUCCUUUUCUCGAUCAGCUGUUAACUACAAUGCGGGUGCACGGACAACAGUUUCAAAUAUAAUCAUGGCUGCGGCUGUUCUAGUGACCCUUCUGUUUCUGAUGCCUCUGUUCUAUUAUACACCAAAUGUUGUAUUAGCAGCCAUUAUCAUCUCUGCUGUGAUUGGGCUAAUAGAUUAUCAAGCUGCAUAUAAAUUGUGGAAGGUUGACAAACUUGAUUUCGUGGCCUGUUUGUGCUCCUUUUUUGGGGUUUUAUUCAUUUCAGUGCCUUUAGGCCUUGGUAUAGCGGUUGCCAUAUCAGUCUUCAAGAUCCUCCUUCAUGUCUCUCGACCAAAUACUUUGGUUUUGGGGAAUAUACCAGGAACACAAUUGUUUCACAACCUAAACCAAUACAAAGAAGCUUUAAGAGUUCCUUCAUUUCUCGUUCUGGCUGUUGAGUCUCCAAUCUAUUUUGCUAAUUCAACUUACCUUCAAGAAAGGAUACUGAGAUGGGUUAGAGAAGAGGAAGAGCGUAUAAAAGUAAAUAAUGAAAAUUCAUUGAAGUGCAUAAUUUUGGACAUGACAGCUGUCACAGCCAUAGACACAAGUGGGCUUGACACUUUAUGUGAACUUAGAAAGAUGCUGGAGAAAAGAUCACUUCAGCUGGUGUUGGCAAAUCCUGUUGGAAAUGUGAUGGAAAAGUUACACAUGUCAAAAAUUUUGGAUUCCUUUGGAUUAACAGGAGUAUAUCUUACAGUGGGAGAAGCUGUGGCUGACAUUUCAUCAUCCUGGAAAGCUCAGCCUUGAUUUUCCAUGA